AUGCGUCUUAUAAACACAUCAUCACUGUGCCUCGAAGAAUUCUACGAUGGCCAGAUUCCAGCAUAUGCAAUUCUUUCACACCGAUGGGGCAAGAAAGAGGUAACAUUUCAUGACAUGCAAGCUGGUGAUUGCAUGAAUGUAGAAGGGUUCGCCAAAAUUCAAGGAUGUUGUAAGCAGGCCGGACUAGACGGUUGGAUGUAUGUUUGGAUUGAUACUUGUUGUAUUGAUAAAGCGAGUAGUACAGAGCUUUCAGAAGCUAUCAAUUCCAUGUUUCAAUGGUAUCAGAAAGCAGAAAUUUGCUACGCCUAUUUGGGCGAUAUUGAAAAUCGUCCCGAUUCUUCAAAACCGGCAGAACUAAAAUCCAGUGAUUGGUUCACAAGAGGGUGGACACUGCAAGAACUACUUGCUCCAAAAAAGUUAGCUUUCUUCGACCGAAACUGGGAUCUGAUUGGGAGAAAGGAGGACCUCCAAGGUGAACUUCGAGAAAUUACCGGAAUCUUGGACAUGAAUAACAGGAGAAACGCUUCGAUUGCCCAAAAGAUGUCUUGGGCUUCUCGAAGAUCAACAACAAGAGUUGAAGAUCAGGCUUAUAGUCUCCUGGGUUUAUUCGACGUCAACAUGGCUUCGUUAUAUGGAGAAGGCAAGAGAGCAUUUAUGAGACUUCAACUUGAGAUAUGGCUGUGUCUGAUGAUGAAUCAAUAUUCGCAUGGAGAGAUCCAAAUUGUCUCUAAAGCAUUUGAUACCAUACAAAAAUGGAAUCCAAACUCAACGAGAAGACCAUACCUCAUGACUAAUAAGGGAUUGCAAUUAGAGUCACCACUUGCAACGCCUUUCACAGAUUGCUCUUGUGGUUAUGUCAGGCAUCUCGCGCACGAAUCUUCCGCCUACCCAUCAGACACCAAGCUUGCUCCUCUACAAUGUUGCUAUGAAGGAAAUACUAAUUCGGGUAAUCCAUACGUAUUGGCGGUGUACCUCAUUCGCAAUCGUGGUAAUGAAUUUUCGAAAAUUGACCCCGAGUCCAUCGAAAUGAUUGACAUUCGUCAACUCGACAGAAGUCCACUUUCGCACUUGGAAACUGGAACAAGUCCCUGCCUAGACAAGUUUUCAGCAUCGAGGAUACAGGAAUAUAUGGAAAGUAUUUUUGUCAGGCAGCAUCAAGCUAUCAAUAAGGUUCUCGACCCUUAUGAUAUUUGGAUAGAGACCAAGGCGUUGGCAGAAUUAGGCUUUACCAUGACAACUGAAUGGCUUUCCAAUACUCGACAGACGAAAUUAGUAAAAUUUGAGGAUGGAAUACGAGUGCGAACCAGUCAAUUACAGUCAAAUGGUAUGACAACCAUAAUAACCUUCACCCAUCGUACUAGUAUGGAAAGAGGCUACUUGGGAAUCUAUGCGUUUGUUUUCAAUAUUACGAUUACUUCACACGGGCCUCUCGUUAGUUUGAUGGAAGUACCAGUGCAUCAAAAACAAAGAAUACUUGAGUAUGAGCAAGAGAGUUUCAUUGAUAGGAGAGCACUACAUGCAAAAUCUCUGCUCAGACAACAUUAUGCUGGGGAUUUGGUUGCCCUAGUACUGACUAAGGUUGAAGACAUUCCUCCUUGGCUGAAUUAUCGAGUCCACUUCGAAUUCAAGAGAAAGUCUUUACAGACUCAUGGUAGUAAUGGAUACAGCCUCAAAGAAGUCUUGAGUGGGUUCUGGGCAGCAUUUUAA